AACUUCACGUGCAGAAUUUACUGUGGAAUCUGUGAUCAAAGCAGGAAACUUGCUGAAUCAAUUAAUUGAUUCUUUUAACUUGAAUACAAUAAGUAAUAAUUUGAUCAUAGCUCACAACGAAAACUAUAUUGAAAAUCUGGACACAGAGAUACAUUUACAUAAAGGAGACGAAAUUGCUGUGAUUCCGCCGAUAAGUGGAGGAUAACGUAGAAAAUUCACCAUGGACCACAUUAAAUUAACUAGGAACAAAAUUGAUAUAAAUCUGAUACAACAACUUACAAUUGAUAAAAGCUGUGGAGCUUGUUCAAUUUUUGUGGGAGCAACACGUGACAGCUUUGAAGGAAAAAAAGUAAUAUCAUUAGAAUAUGAAGCGUAUGAAAAUAUGGCUUUAAAGGAAAUGGGUAAGAUCUGCUCAGAACUAAGGGUGCAGUGGCCAGAUGUUAAGCAUAUUGCGAUAUAUCAUCGACUGGGAAACGUUCCUGUAACCGAAGAAAGUAUAGUAAUUGCCGUUUCUGCACCGCAUCGAAAAGCCGCAUUGGAAUCGGUUAGCUUUGCUAUAGAUAAGCUUAAGUCGAGUGUGCCUAUAUGGAAAAAAGAAAUAUAUGAAAAUGAUUUAAUCGGAGAGUGGAAAGCAAAUAUGGAGUGCCCUUGGCCCCCAUUUUCCGAAACAUCUUCAAGAACUUUCGAAUUUUCUUCUUGCAAAAUUGAGCACCAAAUAGAUAAUAUUUCUGAUAAUAAGCUAGUACAAAUCAAAGUUAAUGACAGCGAGUUGAACCGACGAGUAAAAUGUUUCUUAAAAAGGAAACGGGAUGAAAUUAAUCUCUACAAUAUAAUUGACUUCAGACAACAAACAACAGAUCCUGCACUCCUAGAGUCGAUAGUAGGAAAAGAUUCGUGUGCUCGCACCCAAAGUUUCCUUGUAAAGCAACAACAAUCAAAAGGUCAUUUAAAGGUCUGUCGCGCGACUUAUAAUAGUGGACCGCAAGUACGACCAAACUAUUCCUUCCAAUUAAAUAAACUAAUGACUAGACAAAACGACCAGUAUGAAGCAGCUAAAUGCAAAGUACUGCGGAACGCACGCUUACAAAACGCUAAACUCUGA